GCCAUUGACAUUUAACAUCUGGUUUUGACAACUAACUAAACAAAAACCUGACGUGUAGGUCACAAAUAAAUAAUAAAAAUAAAUACAAAUAAUUCUAUAAAACGUUCUGUACUCGUUUGUAAAUUAAACAGGAUGGUGUACGUUAGAAAUGGAACUGUAUCUGAAAAUCCCCCAAUUCAUGAGAGGCUUCUUAGGCUAGUUUUUGGGGUAUUUGGAUUUAUUGUAUUCUUCUUCAAGUCUUUACUUGGUAUGGACACCAGCAAUUCAAGAAGCAGCAGUUCAGGUAGAGGUGGUUCCUUCUUUGGAGGGUUUGGUGGAGGUGGUGGUGGUGGUGGAGGAGGCGGAAGACCUUUUCGCCCAGGAAAACCAGGUGGUGGUCCAAACAUAAAAACAAUGAGAGAUAUCAACCCACCCACUGUAACAGGUGCAGGUGGCUGUCCAGGUGGAAGUUGUGGUAUGUAGUGCAGUGAUCAUUAUUUCAGAGUUGUUCUGGCUAUUCAAAAUAAAACAGUGAAUUAUGGAGGUUUCUAUUUUAUUUAUUAAUACAUUGUAAAUAUUAUAAUGCCUAAUAAAUUCUAUUCAAAUAGAAUAUAAGAAGA